UUUCUCCUGCUUCCCCAUCUGUGUGCCUUUCUUGGCGAUCAGCGACUUGUACGUUUCAAUGAAUUCUAGGUAACUUGCUGGCAUGACAUACAUGUGCCGUUGCUGCUCUAACCAGAAUCUCUCUGCAAUUGCACGAACGCUUCUGUGUAUCUUCACGCAAACUUCCCCAACAGCACACUUGGACGACUUCUGGAAGACACUCACUCCUGCCCUGUCCGCUCCAUCUCCCACCACGGGUGCAACCUCUAUGGUACCAGAUGGGACCAAUGGCGCUGACAGCGCAGUUUCGGUUCCAGGUCCCACCUUUCCAAUGGCCCCACCCUUCUUACCCGGGGUGUGCCUAUCUGCACAAUCAACGAUCUUGGAAGACGCUUGCGAAGCCAGUUCUGGUUUGUUGCCUGAUGUGCUGCUUUGCUGUGUUGUUGGGGCCGGUGCCACACUCAAGGACGCAGGAUUGCUGUUGGUGCCAACAUCUGCUGCACUGAUACCUGCUGGUGGGGCAGAUGGCAUACUCUCGAGGAAAUGCGAGGCGACGGAGAGCAGUGCAUCGUCCGGCCAGUCGGUGAACCAGUCAAUGGUCAUGCACGUGACUAGCGAGGGACAGCGGCGUAUUCUGUCCGUAAACUGGGGCCCGAUCGGGCUGACACAAAGAACAAUCCGGAGGAGGGUGAGGACGACGAGGAAGGGCGUAGCACUGCCGGAGUGGAAGCGGGAGAUAAAAUUCCAGCUUGGGCGGCUGCAACAUCUGGAAAGAGAUUGCCGGAGGAGGGACGAUCAGCGAUCGAGGAGGAGGAGGCACCCUUCGACCACCCCAGAGGAGAGGUUGGGCUCAGCAUUCCUGAGGGCUCCAUUGCACUUGCUGGUCGGCUUGGCAGACAAGUUGCACCCAUGGUACUGUAGCGCGAUUGCCGAAGCUGAGAUCGCACUCGCUCUGAUCGAGGCUGAGGAACAGCGCCAGCUGGCAGCCGAGGCUGCCCGCCUACAGGCUGAAGCAGCGGCAACAGCUGAGAAGCAGCGGCUACAGGCCGAAGCAGACGCAGAUACCCAGGCACGCCUCAAGGAGGCCCAGGUUCUGCUGCAGCGGCAUGAAACUGCCAGCAGCGAAAGACUCAAGUUCUGGCACUUUGAACCCAACGGCGACGACGCGACACCGGAAGAGCAGCAUAAGGAGUUCCUCUCCAAACUCAGCCACGAGGAUGCUACACGGGCACUCAAUUCCCGUGUACUGGACCUGGAGCAAGCUGUACCAGGACCAGAUGUUGGUGAGUCCAGCAGCGCACCCUCUAACCGCCAACUGGAGCAACGCGUCGACCACGUCGUGGCAAUGCUCGACAACAUCAGCACCUUUGCUGCGCCGACCACCAUCAGCAAUCAGCUGGAUACUUUGAAGACCGAGUUCCAGCAACUGCAGUCGACGAACACGGAUGGCAACAAUCCAAAGCAAUACAAGAUGCCAACUUUUCAACUUGACAAGUUCGACGACUACACGCAUCAGGACCCGGUGCUCUGGUGGGAAGCUUUCACGACGCAACUUCGGAUUCUGCCUGUCGCCAAGCACGCGUACAUCGGCACCCUAUUCAUGAACUCAAAUGGCGGAUGCCAGAUCUGGUUAACCCACCUGCCAGCCACCCACGGCGUCGACGUCGCAGAUCUGAAAGACAAGGUUUCAUGGGAAGAGUUAACACGGCUGUGGAAGAAGCGGUUCAUCGUCGACGACGCACCUGCACUCGCCAUCAACCGUCUCUUCACCAUGACUCAAGGCAACACAGCAACACGUGACUGGCUCACGGAAUGGCAGAAGAUCGCGGCAACGCCCGAUCUUGAUUUACCAUUCUCGCAUCUGCGUCGUGAGUUCUACAACAGGUCAUGCGCUGCAUUGAGCCAGGCACUUGGUGAUCGCGAGCAGUAUGCAACUUUCGCUGAGAUUAUUGACAAGGCGAGAGAGAUCAUCAAGACCAAGAGGGCGGCUGCACACAAGAGGUCAACGUGGCAGCCAACCUAUGUGGAGAAGGUGAGAACUGGUCCGCGACAGCAGCAGUUCGCUCCAGUCCAAUCGAACAACACUGUGGAAGGCCCGACAGCCACCCAAGCGUCACGUGAGGGAGAUCAGGUGGCUGCUGUCCAGCCGCGAAGCAACAACAAGCCCCGAGUAAACGGGAAGGCGAAAUCAGCAUCGCAGGCCGGAAACGGACAGCCAGCACCACCAUGGGUCAAGUUCGGCUUGACCGAGGCCGAGUACAAGUACCGCAGCCGUUACGGCUGCUGUUACUGGUGCAACAGCACCAAGCACAAGACCUCCCUUUGCCAGGAUCAGGCCAAGGAGGAUGUGCGGCCUCGUCUCAUCUUGGGAAACUGAGUUUCGCGGGAGGUGAGGCGACUCCACCUCCCACUCCGCCAGAUUCGGUCGCCUUGCUAGCGGCCUCCUACACAUCU